AUGCGGCUGAAACAUUCUGCAGUGGGGGAGGGGCAGAGGGCACGUGCAUCUGGCUGCAGUGCGGUGCGGGUCAUUCCACGAGGGCUCUGGCAGGCACCAACCUGCAAGCUUUCAGAAAGGGCCACUGAAGGAAGUUGCACCCUGUCCACUGCCCACCGGGCUGAUCAAGCCUGGAAACCAGACAGUUAUAGCUGUGAUGCUCCUCUGGCGUCUGCCUUGCCCCGGGCUUCCUUCAGCAGCUCCUCAGAGCUGUCCAGCAGCCACGGCCCUGGCUUUGCAAGUCUUAAUCGCAGAGACGGGGCUGGUGGCUGGUCUCCCCUUGUGUCAAAUAAAUACCAGUGGCUGCAGAUUGACCUUGGAGAAAGAAUGGAGGUCACAGCUGUGGCCACCCAGGGAGGAUACGGGAGCUCCGACUGGGUGAACAGCUACCUCCUGAUGUUCAGCGAUGGCGGGAGGAACUGGAAGCAAUAUCGACGAGAGGAAAGCAUCUGGGGUUUUCCAGGAAACACAAAUGCAGACAGCGUGGUGCACUACAGACUCCAGCCUUCCUUCGAAGCCAGAUUCCUGUGCUUCCUCCCCUUAACCUGGAAUCCCAAGGGCAGGAUUGGGAUGAGGAUUGAAGUGUAUGGAUGUGCAUACAGAUCUGAGAUGGUUCAUUUUGAUGGGAAAAGUUCCUUGCUGUACACAUUUAAACAGAAAUCCAUGAAUCCAACAAAAGAAGUUAUUUCUUUGAAAUUUAAAACCAGAGAAAACAAUGGGAUUCUACUCCACAGAGAAGGACCCAAUGGUAAACAUAUCACCCUGGAGUUAGUUAAAGGAAAACUCAUCUUAUUCAUUAAUUCAGGCGAUGCUAACCUGCCCUCCCCUGAUGCCCUCAUGCUGGGCAGCCUGCUGGACUACCAGCACUGGCAUUCUGUCCUCAUUGAGCUCCUCGAUACAGAUGUCAACUUCACCGUGGACACGCACACUCAUCAUUUUCGGGCAAAGGGAGAGUCCAGCUAUGUGGAUAUUGAUUAUAAGAUCAGCUUCGGAGGGCUUCCUCGACAAAAAUCAGUGGCGUUCCCACAUAAAAACUUUCAUGGCUGCUUUGAAAAUCUCUGUUAUAAUGGGGUGGAUAUCAUUGAUUUGUCCAAGAAACACAAACCACAGGUCCUCAUCAUGGGAAAUGUGUCCUUCUCCUGCUCGCACCCUCAAACUGUUCCCAUGACUUUUCUGAGCUCCAGGAGUUACUUGGUUUUGCCAGGCACCUCCGGAGAGGACAAAGUGUCUGCCAUCUUCCAAUUUCGAACGUGGAACAGAGCAGGGCUGUUGCUGACCAGUCAGUUUCAACACAGACCAGGAGCUUUCAUCCUUGUUCUUAAUGAUGGAAAACUCAAGCUGAGUCUCUCCCAGCCUGGACAUCCAGUAAGGGAUGUCACAGCAGUUAAUCGGCAGGAGGCCUUUCUGGUCUUCUCGGCACCUCGCGUCGGCCACUGUUUCCGUAUCAGAAAACUCCGUACCUGCACGGUGCUCUGGGCCACUCAUGCAAAAUCCAAGCUCGUCGUCCCUAAAGAGUAG